AUGGAGGACGAUGUCUUUUUGCGCUGCAUUGAGUCGAAUAUGCUUUCAGAUCUUACUCUACAAGGGAUUGGAGCGAUUUCCAAAGUAUAUAUGCAUAAGCCUACAACAGAUGAUAAGAAGCGGGUUGUGAUCACUCCGGAGGGAGGUUUCAAAGCCAUUUCUGAGUGGCUUCUUGAAACUGACGGUACUGCUCUUUUGAGGGUGUUAUCGGAGCAGCACAUUGAUCCCGUGCGAACUACGUCGAACGACAUCUGUGAAAUUUUUGAGGUGCUGCCACUUAUUUUGCAUCUCUUAUCAUUCCUUUCAUUUGAGCCAGUAUUGGGCAUUGAAGCUGUUCGCAAGGCAAUCGAACGUGAAAUGAAUAAUGUCAUUUCCUUCGAUGGAUCUUAUGUUAACUACCGGCAUUUAGCUCUUCUUUGUGAUGUUAUGACAGCAAAGGGUAUGGCUUGUCUGCAUACUGUGACGCUGUUUUUGAUCGUUGACGCUGUUUCAGGCCAUCUCAUGGCUAUCACACGUCAUGGAAUUAACAGGCAAGAAGUCGGAGCUCUUAUGCGUUGCUCUUUCGAGGAAACCGUUGAUAUUCUUAUGGAGGCAGCUGUGCAUGCUGAAGUGGAUCCCGUUAAAGGGGUGUCUGAAAACAUCAUGCUGGGACAGCUGGCAAAAGCUGGAACUGGUGCUUUCGAUCUUGUUUUGGACGCAGAGAAGUGCAAAUACGGUAUUGAG